CGCACAUGCAAUUUGCCUUGUUUUAAGUAUGUCGAAUUACUGUAGAGUAGCGUCCGUUAUUGUAUAUAACAUUUAAUAGACUACACGGGAUCUUCUGAAGCUGGCAACCAGUCAACCGCUAUUGUCCGUGCAUCUCUGUUCAUGCUACCUCCGUGUCAUGAAAGGUUGUCUAAUGCGUCAAGAAUGUCACGGACAAUUUGGAGGGGGCGUGCCUUAAUGUAAUUAGGAUGUAUGGCAUUUUUAAGUUUAGACUGUGCAGGUUACAUUCGUUUGGUGCUGUUGAUCAGUUCGAUAGAAAGUAUCCUCGUGGGCUGCAUGCACAGUCUGUCUCCCACUGACUUAGCUGUAUGUCUAGAAAGCCAUGCUGCAUGCCACAUCUGUUUGGAUGUAACAUAUUUGCGGUAUUUGAAAGGGAUUAAAUCUUAUUGCUUCAAAAACUGUACGUGAUUAGUUCAAUCUGCACAUUAUUCUUCGAUAUCAGUGGACUCGUGGAAUAUAAAAUUUAAGACAUGGACUUUUUAUUUCCCUUUCCUGGUGGUGAAGUUUAUCAUUUUCUGAUCGUUCGGUACCUACCAGUGUGCAUUAAUUCAUGCGUAAUUCGAGUGUUUCCAGUAGUAGGUAACCAACAUACCUCGGAUGGAAUGACUUUAUCUGUGACAGUUUUGGCAAUUCCAUUGCUAAACUAUAGUUAUAUGAGGGGGAAGAAAGUACGAAAAAAAAACUUGACCAUUUUUCCAUCCAGUCAACCUGCGUAUGAAAUUUGAGCGAGUUAAAAAAACAUUAUACCCCACUACAAACAGCAUGGUUGAAAGCACAACCAGUUAUUCACAAGACACUAAUAUUUUUCAUUCUGUUGACAUACUGAGCCAUUAUAUUAAAAAACUACAAAGAACAAUGGUCUUGUGUCGAAAACAACUUUUCAAUAAUUUGUACUAAUCUGCAUGGUGUGGGUGCCUAUGCCAAGUUCAAGGACUGAUAGCAUUGCCUUUUACACCUCUAACAGCUACAUCAGUAUGUCUCUGGAGUGGAUUAUGGACUGGCGCUGGUCAUUGGAUGGAUUGAGGGACAUGAUAGCUACUGGCAUACAGUCUGUAAGGGAGUGCGAUACCACAGCACUUAGCACAGUUGCCUGUCUUCUCCUUUUAUUUGUGUGGUACUGCUAUCACAUUGGUAGAGAACAGACCCGUAGCUAUGUCACUGUGAAUUCGAUUAUUCAGAGCUCGGAUGUCAAUGGAUAUCAGAAUGGGUAUGUGUACUGUCAGUCGUCUGAGUGCAUCCGGUGCACACGUAAUGACGGACUUAACCAAAAACUUUAUCAUAAUUUACAAGAGUAUGCAAAAAGGUACUCCUGGUCUGGUCUGGGUAGAAUUCACAAAGGUAUCAGAGAACAAGGGCGUUAUUUAAACAGCCGACCAUCUAUACAGAAGCCAGAAGUUUUCUUUUUGCCAGAUUUGCCUACAGCACCAUAUUUCUCAAGAGAAGCUCAAAAACACGAUGUUGAGUUGUUGGAACGUAAUUUCCAGACUAUCGUUAAUGAAUUUGAAAUUAUCUUUAAAGCAUUUUCAAACUGCAGCCUUCCACAGGGGUGGAAACUAAACAAUACCCCAACUGGAGAAUGGCUUACCUUUUAUUUAGUGAAUCAAGGUGUGAGUAUUUCCAGCAACUGUAGAAAGUGUCCAAGAACAUAUCGUUUGCUUGGAAGUCUCCGCACAUUCAUUGGAAACAAUGUAUUUGGGAAUGCAUGUUUCUCUGUGCUUAAACCAGGAACUGUCAUCACUGAACACUAUGGACCAACAAAUGUCAGAAUAAGAUGUCAUUUGGGAUUAAAGACCCCCAGUAACUGUGAGCUUGUUGUUGGUGGAGAGCCUCAGUGUUGGGCAGAAGGACGCUGUUUGCUCUUUGAUGACUCUUUUUUGCACACAGCAUUUCAUGAAGGUUCUGUAGAUGAAGGGUCAAGGGUUAUCUUCAUGGUUGACCUGUGGCAUCCAAUCGUUGCAGCUGCUGAACGUCAGGCACUAGAUUUUAUUUUUGCUCCUGGACGGUGAUCACUUUCAUACAGCAAAAAGGGAUAAGGGUCACAAUUUUGGUACCAGUGAGAAGAGCAAAAUUUGCUGAAUUAUAGAACAUUCAAAUGUACAUGUGGGUCCUAGUGCACACAAAAUGAUGAGCUUCUUAAUUUUAUUUUUUUGCUCUAUUUGAAAAGUUCAGAGUCUUAUUUAUUUAUAUUUCAUUUGCAAGUAUAUAUUUUUAAAUGUAAUUCAAAAGUGAGAGCUUUAUAUCCAUUCUGUGACCAGUGCUAUACCACUGUGAUAUGUGUUUUUUUGCACCUUUUCCUCUUCUUAAAAGCUGACACAAACGAAAUGUUCAGGGUUUAAGUAUCUUCUUUGAGAAAAAUAUGUGAGGAAUUGCUUUCAGUAAUUACAGUAAACCCCAGGGAUUUUCUGCCUACUGGGCAAUCUGGUUGGAUUCCUAGCUGGGGUGCUAAGUCCUCAUCUCUUCCCUGUGUCUGUGUUUGUUGUAUGGGCUUCAUUUUUCUUCCACAUCCCAGAGACAUGCAGACAGGUUAAACUGGCAACCCUUCAAACUGCCUGUUGGUGUAUGUGCAGUGUGUGUUUGAGAGAGAGAGAGAGAGAGAGUGUGUGUGUGUGUGUGUGUGUGUGUGUGUGUGUGUGUGUGUGUGUGUGUGUGUGUGUGUGUGUGUGUGUGUGUGUGUGUGUCUGUGUGUGUGUGUGUCUGUCCUGAAAUGGACCGGAUUCCUCUCCAGGAACAGAUUCAUGCCUUGCAUCCACUGUUUGACAAGAUAGGUGCCUGUUCUGUGUGAUCCUGAGUAGAAUAAAGCAGUCAUUGGAAAAUGAAUGAACAUUUAUUGUGUCUUUGUGAAUAAAGAGCGUGAAACUAUGUUAAUAGUGGUGUAUAUGUUACCACAUAUUGAAUCGUAUAAUGCAGAGAACUAAAAGAAAGCUCUCACAUUUUCAGAUGAAAAGAACACUCGGCCAGCUUCAGCAGUGGGUAUACUUUUAUAAACAAGCUGUGAGUUCCUGAAUGUUAUGGUUAAUUUCAGUUGUGCCAAGUUGAAAGUUAUAGUUGCUGUUUAACACAUUUGCAUCAGGAAACAUUUUACCAGAGGUUGCAGGGUACCUACAUAAUUCUGUUUGUCUUUUUGCAUUGGACUUCCGCUGCUUUUUCACAGUUUUGUACAGCCAAAAAUAAAUUUGCUGCAAAUUGCAUUAGCAAAUAUCAUAGCAUUACAUUAUAGCAUACAUUUUAGAACGUGUUUCUUUACCCCGCCUACCUAUCAGCCCCUUCAGAUGUCAGUCCACCACUCAGGAUGUAUGAGUUGUAAGGACCCAGGUAGUAGCUUUCACAGUGGAGAUUUAAAAGUCAGAAGCUGUAGGUAUAGUUCAGUAUGUGCUGUGAUGACAGUAUCUACCUGUCCCCCAGCUGUUUACUUAGUGUCAGUUUAUGAGUAUUUCAAGCCUGGACUUUUUUUUUUGGGGGGGGGGGGGUCAUAUUGCCAAAUUUUUUUCAAUAAGGAAAAUAGUUCUUUAAGUAUAUCCAGUCCUUCUGUUACAUGAGUGGUGUGUUAACAUCUGGGCUGUAUCUCUAAAUCUGGAUGUCCAGUUUUGCAAAUAGAACACACACAUAGUGACCGAAAAGCAAUGGGUUCUUUGAGUCCAUCUAAGUGUUAUAGCUGGACCUUCGUUCUCUGGGCUCAAUGUCGUCUUUUCAUUUGACUAAGCAUCCUUUGCCCACUUGUCUCCACCACUGUUUUGUAGCACUGUUCUGCUGUGUUCCAACACUCUCUGUGCAAAACUGUAUUUCCUUAAAUUAAUCUUAAAUUAUCUUUGUUCCAGCUGCCAUCCAUGUCCCAUUUUAUAUCUGUGUGCUUCAUAUUCAGCACAUUCCAUGAUAAUGUGAUAUUUCUCUUCAUCUUUAGCUCAUUUGCCACGAUAAUGUGAUGGUGUACCCCAGUUCAGCUAUAUAAGUAUAUUAAGUAUAUUGAUAGUUGCUUCACUGAAUGGAGCUGUAUGGGGAAACUUGUCAGAAAAGAAAAAAUGAUAGUUUGUCCGAGAGACAAACGUGUGUUAUAGCCCUACCCUCUUCUGUUCCAUUAAAUGUCAGGACUUUGCCCUAUACUCCCUUAAUUUUAUAUAGUAACACUGAAGUCACCACUGUCAGAAAGAGCAUGCUGACACCUAUCAAAUUCUGUUUCUUACAUUUUCUUUCUUUCUGCAUUAAAUUGGCAAGUUUCAAAGAAUACACUUUCAUCCAGACUACUGUCCAUUAAAGUAUAUUUAAGAAAUUAAGAAGGAUUAGUUGAUGAUAGUGAUGUAGCAAUCCAUCUCUGACCACCAUAAAAGAAAAGUCAGCAGCCAGCUGGAACAAAGUCAGUGGAGUGCAUUCUGACAUUUAUGAAUUGGUCCUAAGUGCACGUGAUAAAAUUUUGAGUUAGUAUAGCCCAGACAGAAAUGUUUUGAAGCCCUCUCACCCAGAUACCCACAUUGAUUUUGGUGUACUGUAUCCCUCACACUGUUCCUUAGAGUUUGCAUUGUCUUCAUUGCAGGGAUGGGACUAGCAGUCAGAAAGUAAAGACAUCCUGCCUUUUUCAUUGGCUUCCCUUACAGCCGCCCUUGCACACACACACACACACACACACACACACACACACACACACACACACACACACAGAGGUAAAUGUUCAAAAAAAUGUUCCAUUUUCUGCAAGACACCCAUCACUGUCAAACUUUAAUCAGAUAACUCAGAAUAGAAUCUUAGAAAUGUUCUUUUGCUUGGGUCGUGAACAUUCAGUUUUGUCUAUGUAGACUAUUGUUCCCAGUAAUGGCAUUAAAACAUUUGGUAUGUUCUUUCUGCUUGAAAUGGGAGAGGGACAAUGUUAUAAUACGAAUGUCUCAUUUUUAAUGAAAUGGCACUAAAGAAAACAUCUGUGCAGGCAUGAAUCACAAGUAGCUGUGCAAGAAAUAAAACAGAAUUGUUGAAUAAUCAGUCUACAUCCAUGAUUGUGAAUAGCAUUAAUUUUUGUUAGAGAACUUCAGGUAUACCAACUUCUCAAGUUUUCACUUCAAACCCAGGUUUUACAUGUCCUUGUGUAAGUGUUAACUUCAGGAAAAAAACUACCCUGCUGGAUAGAAUGCAAUUUGUUUUCAUUCUUGGUGGCUAAAGGAGUAGAAUACAGAUUCAAAAGGCACAUAAAAAGAUAUUUCAUUAAUCUAACACACAUUUCAUUGUGUUCUGUGUCUUCAUUGUUUGUAUGCAGGUUUUUAAAGGUCAGACUAUCAUAGCAGUUUUAAGUAAAGAAAAUGUAUCAGUCAACAGUAAAUGUAAUCUAAAACGAUCUUCAGAAUUCCCAAGAAAUAAAUGCAAAGACUAACUGCUUGCACUGCUUAAUUUUCCUGCAUUUCAUUGGCAUGUAUCUAACUGCUGUGCUGUUUUUUAUUUUACUGUUCACGGUUUUAUAGAGAAUUUGGUUUGAUUUCUUAACACUGUGUUUAUGCUGUUUUUAUAUGUUUAUGUAUCUUGUUAACUACAAAAAUGUGUCACUGUUUUAGGAUCACUCUGUACCCUGUGAUAAAGAACCCCUGUGUUGAAAUGUUAUUGUUAACUUGAUAAAGUUCUCUAGCACCAGU